UGUUGCUCCCCAGCUGAUUCGAAACUUGACGCUUCUCUCACCGCACCGCCCCUCUCACCGCACCGCCCCUACCGCUCCAGCUGUUCCCACCGCUGUCCGCCUGCUGUUCCCCUGCUACUCGCUGCUGCUGCUGCUGCUGCCGCCGCCACCAGCUCUCAUUCCCAAUGCAGCAGCGACCAUGACAGGCAUCGCCGCUGCUUCUUUCUUUUCCAACGCUUGCAGGUUUGGGGGCUGCGGACUUCACUUCGACUCUCUGGCCGAGCUCAUCGUGCACAUCGAGGAUAACCACAUCGACACAGACCCUCGUCUUCUAGAGAAGCAGGAGCAGCAGCAACCGACGUACGUCGCCCUCAGCUAUAUCAACAAGUUUAUGACAGACGCUGCACGACGUGAACACGACGCCCUGAAGAAGAAGGUGCAGCCCAAGUUGUCCCUGUCUCUGACAGGCAGUCUGUCUCGCAGCAGUGUUUCCACACCGCCUCGCCACACCAGUGGGAACCUCACCCCUCCAGUCACCCCACCCAUUACCCCUUCCUCCUCGUUUCGCAGCAGCACUCCCACAGGUAGUGAGUGUGAUGAAGAGGAGGUAGACUUUGAGGAGUCUGACAGCGAUGAGUCAUGGACCACAGAGAGCGCCAUCAGCUCUGAGUCUAUCCUCAGCUCCAUGUGCAUGAACGGAGGGGACGAGAAGCCUUUCGCCUGCCCUGUACCAGGCUGUAAAAAGAGAUACAAGAAUGUGAAUGGGAUUAAGUAUCACGCCAAAAACGGCCAUCGAACUCAGAUAAGGGUGCGCAAACCCUUUAAGUGCCGCUGCGGGAAGAGCUACAAAACGUCUCAGGGUCUCCGCCACCACACCAUCAACUUCCACCCACCCAUCUCCACUGACAUCAUCCGGAAGAUGCAGCAGUAGAGACGGAGUGAGCGAACCAGCAUUCUCCUUCAGGAAAACCUCCCGACCAUCUGAACUCCGCCAUCACCAGCAAUGGCUGUUUUCUCAUUUCGACUCCUCUAACCCUGAAACUCUUUCUCUCUUUCUUAUCACACUUUGUGAUGACACUAUUUUGAUGCAUGGUGUAAAUGUAUUAAUAACUCUUAUUUUUUAUUCACAGUGUUGAAUUGUUAUGUAGUUCACAGUUUUGUAUUUUGCACAUUUAAGCUAUCAUGUAUCUUAUUUUGAUUUGUUGCUCACCGAUGAUGAGGCCGUGUUUUCUGCCAGAAAAUGUCCAAAUCAAAGUCACGAGUAGCCUUGCAUGUAAAGCAGGGCGCCCUGCAUUUAAAGGCCGUGUGAAACUGAGGAAUGGAUGUUGAAUGCUGUUUUUUCUUUGGAAGGAGGAUGCUGUUACUUUACCUCUGUCUCAUCUAGUUAUGCGACAGGGGCAAAUGACGAAAAUCUAAAUGUGUACAUGGUGUAACAUAAGAAAAACUAAUGUAUGUUUCAUUCCCUUUCAGAUUGAAACUCACAGCAAUCAGCUGUCAGACCUUUUCUUUCAUAUCUUCAUGUAUUUCUUCUUAUUUCAUCAGUUUAACUGCCUACAGCUGUGUGAGCACCAAAGGAUGAUCUCAGGUGACAUUUGCAAGCAUUUCAGCUCCACAAACCUGCCCCAAGUGUUCUGAUCAUGUUCAGUUUGAUCAUGGGAACUCUCUAUCAUUGUUUCUAAUUUUCCUAGUCACUUUUCAGAAGAUAUAAGAUGUUUCCCUCUUUAUUUUGAAUGAGGGAUUGAAGCACUUUUUGUAACGAGUUGCCAACAAUAUAUAGCAUUUCUUUGCCAAUAUCUUGUUUUUGGUGUUUGUACAGAAACUACCAAAACCAGGCAAAUGGCCUCCAGAGCAGAGGUUUGAAAUGCUCCCAGGGAAGAUGUACACCAAACUUCCAGUGCAGUAUUGUAAUGUUUCUGUAUGUGCAGAUGUUGCCUUCAUUUGUGAAUCAUUCCAGUCAGUACAGGAUUUUGUAUGGCUUCAUUUUGAAUGUUUAGACAAAUUCAGCUCAAAACAGACGUCACAGUCCGGAUUGUUUGCUAGUCAUCGACUGCUUGGUCUGUUCAAACGGAUAGAAAAAAAGGGGGGGACAUUAGCUUUGUAUUUAGCACGUUUUCAUUCUUGCAGUCUUGAUGUUGGUCUUUAAAGAAAAACAUACCCAGCUCUGAUUUUGUGCCAUGAAAUAUUAUGUCAGUUGAAGGUAUGUCAAACAAUGAAUCCCUGAAAAAAAAACGUCUCCUAGGUGACAAAAUGCCACAGGAUCAGGGAUUCAUCAACACUGAGCCAUUAGGUAACAUCCUCACUGCAUGAUGUCGUGUUAAGAAACUGUGGUCCAAUAGAGAGUUGUGACAGUAUUAUACUGCCAGUAUGGAGGAAAGUAUUUGAUAUAGUGUACAGUGAAUGUAUCGUUGUGUUAAGUGCAUUAAAUUAUAUUUUCAUAUGUCUCUGGAGUUAAAAAGUCAAGGUGUGUGUAUAAACGGAAUCAGAGAAAUGAUUGUUGAUGUACUGUAUUUCUUCAAAAAGCUGCUUCAUGUCAACUUUUGUUACAUUGAGAAUAAAAACUCCUCUGAUGUUUGAGAAA